AUGUUCAGAUUUGCCCAACAAUCUCAAGCUAUCAAAGGUAGACUUUCAAGCCAGCUUACUGGCCCAGUCACGUCAUGGACUUCUCAUACUUUGAAUUAUUCCUUGAGAUAUAACUCUACUGACCAGACUACUUUUCAACCUGCUAAUAAUAGCGCAACUCGUUUACGUAACCAAUUAAGUUCUAUUAACGCAGCCUUAGUUUCAGGCUCAACAUCUAACAAGAAAAAUAAUAAUCGUAAUAAUCGUAAUAAUAAGAAUAUUUAUUCAAGAAUCAAUACAUCUACUUUGAAACCAGAGGCAGUCUGGAGCAAUAAAGUCCGUGCAUUUGAAGAAUGUGUUGCUCAAUCUUUAUACAUGUCUCAAACUCCGAGACGUAAAAAUAUGAGGGAAUCUUCAAAACAACCUUUAUCAAACUCCGAUCCCCUAUUUUGGGAUUCUCUUUCCAAAGCAAUGGAAUUAUAUUAUGAAUUAAAACUAUCUAAUGAAUUAAAUGAAGUUAGAGUUUCAGGCAUGAUUCAUCUAUUGCAUAAUGGGUUAAGAGCAAAUAGAUAUCAACUGACAAGAUUAACUAAAAAACCAGACAGAGAUUCUCAGUCUUUCCAAAGAGGAAUUACCUCAUUCCUUUUGAACUCCCUAAGAGAUAUUUCAAAUGAUAUCUUGCAAAAUUCCGUUACUAUUAAUGAGUAUGGUGCUAUGCAUUUGAUUACCUCAUUUAAAGAAUUAUUCUUAGAGGAGGAAGCCAUUCGAAUUUGGACGAAGUCAGUUAGUUCAGAAAGUUCAGAAAAGCUUAAUGUUUUCCUAAAUCCAAGAGUAGUUGGGGUCAUGUUACCAAUAUUAUAUGAACAUGGUACACCUUAUGAAGAAAUUAAAUCAUUAUAUGAAAAAUCUUCCAAAACUCUAGACUUCUUUCAUCCAAAUUUAGCUGUAGGUAUGAUCAGAGCAGCACUAUCAGCAAAUGACGUUAUGUCAGCAUUACAUUUGUUUGAAAAAUUAUGUAAAGCAUCCGAUGAAUCCAAGUAUGGUUAUUUAAUUGAAACUCAUUUAUCAUUCAUUGGUGAGUGUAAAGAUUUAACUAUUGCAAAAUCGUUUUUUAAUAAAGUUUUAAAUGAUGAUAUUCCAUAUAAAGUAGAUUUACAAGUAUCCUAUGUUAAAUCUUUUAUGAGAAAUAUUUGGGAAAACACCAAUGAUUUUUCACAAAUUCAUGAAGUUUGGCAUAAAUCUUUAAUUCACUACGGUAAACAUAUUCAUAACGGUAUUUCAUCUUCAUUAAAUGAUACAUUUUUUGAUAUUUUUUUCACAAAUUAUUCAAAUAAUAAAGAGCAAGGAUUUGAAGAGUUGAAAUCUAUAAUUGCUGAGUAUAAUAAUAUAAAAAAAAUUGAUGAACCUUUCUUUAAUAUUAUUUUAACAAAAUGCGCCGUUUGGAGAGAUCGUGAGAUUAUUGAAUAUAUCGACAAUUGUUAUGAUUUAUUUCACAUACCGAAAACAAUUGUCGCUUAUAGAAUAUUGUUAAAAUCAAUGGGUUCUGUUGAUGAUAUCACUACAGAUGAGAUUUUAAAGAGAUGGGUAACAUUACUUGAAAAAUCAGAUGAAUCAAGACAAAAAUUCAUUGCAAAUGCUGAUUGGGCUGCCUUAAGAGAUUCAACCUUAACUUGGGCGCAAAAUGAAUAUAACACUAGAAGCAAAACUUUAAAACCAACAAAAAAAUUAAGUGAUGUCUUAUUGAAAAAUUCUUUAUUAGGUAGUAAUAUUGAUAUGGAGCCUUUUAAAAAUGCCGCAGGAAAUCUUGAUCUUUCACACCCUGCUUUCCAAGCUGCAAGUCAAUCUGGUGCAUUUGAUGAUUUGCAUGACGUUACAGGGUCAAAUGGUGAAGAAAUAGAUCAAGACAUACAACGUGAGAGUUUUUCUACAGACUUAGAUAUUCCUUCAUCAGUGAAAGAAAGAGUUUUAUUAUAUCUACAAAUUGUCAAGAAAUUCUGUAGUUAUUGCCGUGAUACAAAGCAAUAUGCUCAUAUAACAUCUAUUCAAGUUAAAAACACUCCAAUAUUAAGGUCAGUUUUGGAUGCUUAUCCAGUCAUAGAUGAUUCCUUCAUUGAAAUACCUCACUUUAAUAAUUUAACUACCCGAGAAGUUACUUUUACUAGAUUUUAA